AUGACGAAGAACUCGAGAGUAAUACCGGCGGAAAAACGAGCUGGUGCGCGAGCAUUUGGCCCAUCACGUUCACGUGAUUUUGAAAAUUACUUUUUUCCAAGCAAUAAACGACACGAGACCUUCAGACCCUAUUAUUAUUACUAUCAGCAACCAAAACGUGCUGGAGCACGAACAUUUUACACGUAUUGGAAUCCAUUGAAUACCAUAGACACGAGAUUCAAUGAAGAAUCGCCAUUUUACGCAAAACGUUCAGUUCUACGUGAUUCAGACGACUACUCAUAUUAA